UUGUACCACACACUGACUGUACGCCUCCUGCUCCCGCGGACGCCCGGGGUGACCGAGGGCACUCCGGUUCACCACGUCAGAGUCACAGGGAUCACCGGAGUCUGAGCAAAGUGCACGGGGAGAGGCCAGAGCUCCGCUGUCUGCUCAUGGUCGCGGACGGUCGCUGACACGCGCCAUGAUGGGGGAAAGUUGUGGUAAAAUCCCGGGACACUUGUGGCUGCUUUGGCCCGCUGGCAUCGUGUGUUUUCUGUCUGUCUGGAUCUCACCUGCGCUAUCACAUCCACAGUGUUUGGAUUUCAAGCCGCCGUUUCGCCCGCUGAAGGAGCUGGAGUUUUGCGUAAUGUACAAGGACUUUGGCUGCUGUGAUUAUCAGAAAGACCAGGACCUAAUGGCCAAAUAUUACAGGAUCAUGAACAAUUUUGAAUACGAUGAUUACGCCGCUUGUGCAGGAUUUGUGCAGGAGCUGUUGUGCCAGGAAUGCUCUCCAUACGCUGCCCACCUCUAUGACGCAGAGGACCCCAACACCCCGGUCCGCUCCAUCCCCGGCCUUUGCCCCGACUACUGCACCCAGUUUUGGGGUAAAUGCAACUCCACCAUCCCUUACCUCUCGGAUGACCCACAUGUAACCCAUCUUCAAGGGAACCCAAAGCGCCUUUGCCAAUACCUCGAAUUAGACGAUACAGAUUACUGCUACCCACACCUCCUCAGUAACUCCCAGCUGACCCAGAACCUAGGCCGCGUCCAGUAUGACUCUGAUGGCUGUUUGCAACUCUGCCUGGAGGAAGUAGCCAACGGUUUGAGGAAUCCGCUCGCCAUGGUUCACGCGAACGACGGAACUCAUCGAUUCUUUGUGGCGGAGCAAGUUGGCGUGGUGUGGGUCUACCUUCCAGAUAGAUCCAGACUGGAGAAGCCGUUUUUGAACAUCAGCAAGUCAGUGCUAACAUCGUCGUGGGAAGGAGACGAGAGAGGGUUCCUUGGGUUGACCUUUCACCCCAAGCACAAACACAAUGGGAAGUUGUACGUGUAUUAUUCCAUAGAAGUUGGAUUUGAUGAGCGGAUUAGGAUAAGUGAGUUUCGAAUUUCGGCGCAUGAUAUGAACACGGUGGACCAUCGUUCUGAGAGAGUAAUUCUGGAAAUAGACGAGCCUGCUUCCAAUCACAACGGCGGUCAGCUCCUGUUUGCAGAUGAUGGGUAUUUGUACAUCUUCACAGGGGACGGGGGCAUGGCAGGAGACCCUUUUGGAAAAUUCGGAAAUGCACAAAACAAGUCUGCUCUUUUAGGCAAAGUUCUCCGUAUCGACGUGGACAACAACGACAAAGGCCCCUUGUACAGAAUCCCUCCUGAUAACCCCUUUAUAGAUGAGCGGGGGGCCAGGCCGGAGGUUUACGCCUUUGGGGUCCGGAACAUGUGGAGGUGCUCCGUGGACAGGGGGGACCCGCAGAGCAGAGAGGGCAAAGGUCGAAUCUUCUGCGGCGACGUGGGACAAAACAAAUACGAGGAAGUGGACAUCGUCGAGAAGGGGAGGAACUACGGGUGGAGAGCCAAAGAGGGAUUCUCCUGCUACGACAAAAAGCUCUGCCGCAACUCUUCACUAGAUGACGUCCUGCCCAUCUAUGCUUACCCACACAAACAGGGGAAGUCUGUGACCGGUGGAUACGUGUACAGAGGCUGUGAAUACCCAAACCUCAAUGGCAUGUACAUAUUUGGAGACUUCAUGAGUGGGCGUUUGAUGAGUCUUCGUGAGGACAGAUUCAGUGGACAGUGGCGUUAUAAUGAGGUCUGCAUGGGGAUGGGUCUCACCUGCGCUUUCCCCGGACUCAUCAACAACUACCACCAGUACAUCAUCUCCUUCGCAGAGGACGAAGCCGGCGAACUGUAUUUCAUGUCCACUGGGAUACCGAGCGCCACCUCGCCCACUGGAGUCGUUUAUAAAGUUGUGGAUCCUUCGAGACGCGCGCCCCCGAGACAGUGCCACUAUGAGCCUCUCCCGGUGAAACUGAAAAGCAAAGUCAUCAAGUUUGUCCCACAGGAAGUUCCAAUAGGCAUCGAUCCACCAAGCAACACCAACCCCGAAGCUCAACCCACAACAGAGUCCUACGAUUGGCUGCAAGAACUUCUCGACCAACUUGGCGAAAUCGGACUGGACACAACAACUCCACCGCCAACCACCACCACGACAAGACCCCCCAGGACCACCAGGAGAAAGCCCAAACGCAAGAAGACCAAACCCAGAACCGAGACCGAUCCUCUGGACGGGGCGGUGAGGCUGGCGGGGGAGCAAGAUGGCCGAAUAGACCAAGGAAGAGUGGAAGUUUAUAUCAACGGAGAAUGGGGAACAGUUUGCGAUGAUCUGUGGACUCUUAGUAACGCUGCAGUGGUGUGUAGACAGCUUGGGUAUAGGCACGCCCUGAGAGCAGCCAAGAACUCGGAGUUUGGAGAGGGGAGACAUUUACCGAUCUUACUAGACGACGUGCAGUGUGAGGGGAUGGAGGCGACGCUUUUGGACUGUAAACACGCAGGAGUCAAAAAACAUAACUGCGCCCACUAUGAAGACGCAGGGGUCAUAUGCAGUCACGACGCAGAUCAUGUGGUACAAGUUUAAAGGUCUUAUAUUACACAAAAUGGACUCUUGUGAGCUUUAAGUCAUGCUAUAAUGCUUUUAUUUCCUCAUAAACGUACCUGGAGUUGUGUUUUGUUUCAUUCACAUGUGUUUAAGUAACACUUUAUUAGUCUGUCUACAUCUCCAAAGCUCAAAAUGCUCUGGUCCACCUUGUGAUGUCAUGAAGUAGUAGUUUUCAAGUUAACAGCUACAUUUUACCUUUAGUUUAGUAGAGUUUGGCAAUUCCUGAGCUGAAAUGAUCCAAAUGAUUCUAGUGAAGGUGUAUGGAGUUUAAAAACCCAGUGGAGCACUUCCAAUCCAAUUAAACUUUAUUUGUAUAGCACAUUUUAUAAACAAAACAGUUUCCAAAGUGCUUCACAAAGCAAUGUAAAAUAUUUUACUUAAAAAAUAAAAAAAUCUGUAGAAUUAUGUUUCAACCAUGAGGAAACUAAUAGAAUCAAUAAAUAAAAUAAUAAUAAUAAUAAAAUCAAUGAACAAAAAUAAUAAAAGCAGUACAUAAUCAAUCAAUACAUGACAUCAUAAGGUGGAACAAAGUGUUUUCCGUUUGAGAGAAGAACCUAAAAUGCAGGAUUUGUGUGUUAAACAUGAAACAAAAGUGAAAAAAUGCAUAGCACACUCAGAUGGCUGAUGUCCAAAAGCUUUUUAUAUUUUUAAAAUAACGUUUCGGCAAAAAAAAGCCUUGAUCAGAUAUUUUUCUUGCUUUGGACCACAGCACACAAAAUGGUUGCCAGCCCAGGUGCUCAUAUAGACACAUCAAGAAUCUCGGACUUCUGGUCAUUGUGCAGUGCAUACUGGGAAGGAUUUUCCCAAAAAGUGAAAACUGUUUCCCCCACAUACAAAAUCUUCGCUACAAACUCGGGAUGAUUUAGGCAGACAAAGGUUUCCUUUUUGGUCCUUCCUGUUGGAUCAACCCUGCCCAUCGCCUUCGCCUUUCACUAUUUUUCAAUUCCGUUGGGAAGGGAAACAGUUUGAAAGGAGGUUUGCAGUCACACACAUCUGAUUCCCUUUUGCAUCUAUGGAGUUCGCAAACAAAUUUCUCAAGCCGUUUUCCGCUGUUAGGAUCCAACAACCACACAAUUAUGAUGUCCAUAUCCCAAAACUAAAAUAUGACAAUAUCAGAAUCAGAAACAAUAGCGAUAUGGUUCAAAAGAGUAGAAAAGAUCGCACUGGGAAAACAAACAUGGCGGUUUGAUGCUCACUUUUUCGGAAAAUCCUUCCCAGUAUGAACUGCACAAUGACCGGAAGUCCGAGAUUCUUGAUGCGUGUAUACCCCUCCAAUGAAUGGGAGGUCCCAAAGUGAGGUCACCCAGUGAGUUCAGUCUAUUCUAAGACAAGAAAAAAACGUUUAGAUAUUUACAUAAAAAACAUUCUAUAAAAUACAGAAAUAGUUUAACCAUAUCACAAAAAAAACAUCUUAGAUCAAACUCUAUAUUCAGUCUGUGAGGAGCUAGAGUCUUUCUCACAGGAGCAUUUCCAGAUUCAAAGGAGUUCCACAUGUUCAAUGCCAAUAUAUCUUAAGGAAGAGAUAGGAUGAUCAUGUUUUUACAUCUGAUUGUGCUCCUAUGCUCUGCAGUACGUGUUUUUAAAGCUGUGCUUGUUUCACCCACAUAGGCUUUACCACAGGGGCAGGUGACAGCAAGACAAAAGUGAAAAAAUGCAUCACACACUCAGAUGGCCAAUGUCCAAAAGCUUUUUUAUUUUUAAAAUAAUGUUUCAGCCAAAAAAGAAUGACACAAAACACAACUUUAGGUAUGUUUUUUAAAGAGGAAACAGCAUUAUAACAUAAAUCAGAAAACACUGUAAUAUGGGCCUUUAAAUGAUAGAUUUGAUCACUAAUAGCGUGGAAAACAUAAUUCAUUGCAGUUUUUCUGACAAGUUUAGUGUUUGCAAUAACAUCUGAAAUACUUACCUUUCAUUUUAUACUAUAGGCUACUAUCCAUGGGUUUCAGAAUGAUGAAAACUUAAACGUGCACUAUGCAUCUUUUCUGUUAAGAGUCCAGGACCUGGUUGUGUCCAUAGAGAUAUACUUUCCCUGGAAUGUACCACAGUAUGGCAGUAAACUUGCAUCUUAUUUAAUUAUAGAUGUUAUUUUGUUUGUUUGAUUUAGUUUCUUUUACAAUCAUGGUGCUUGUCUCCUUGGAAAUAGAUAAGUUUAAUACUAUACUGUGAAAAAUUCAAAGCAUCAACAACAUCUCCAAAAAGUUACACAGCGCACCUUUAAGACAGUUGCCGUAGUGAUUGGCAACUUUUUAAAAUGUAUCUUUUGAAUGGGAUAAAGUCUUCAAAAUGUUGCAUAUAACAAGAAGCUGAAAUCCAUCUAAUCCAUGAUAAGUCCUUAUACUUAAAUCUUAAAAUACGUCUUCAAAUCUUAAUGUAAAACUCAUGAUUCAUUCACAAUUCACGUUAAAUAAGUUCAGGAGAAUGAACUGAAAUCUAAACCUGAACUUUCACAAGAAUGUAUUUAAUUUGUUUUACGAGUCCAGAUUUUGUCCAGGUUUUGUAUAUAGUAAGACCAGAUGGAGAAAAGUAUCUGCUUAAAAUGUGUAAAUUGUUUUAGACUAGAAAUAGGCCUGACUAACUGCCAAGCAAGUAAAUACCACAAGUUAACUAUUUGUGGGGCUUUUAAAACAUGCAAAAGCAAAACUAUCUCAUGUAAUAUUAAGAAUUGCUGCUCUCUCUUCUUUGGAUAAAUGUAUCUUGCACUUUAAUUAUAUAUGAGCCUAUGCAGUGAAUGUAUUGUGGGCCUAUGUGUGUUAUUUAAUCCCUGUUUAUAAAGGCGCAGUGCCAGAAGGAGGGGUCAAGACUCAGGAAAUCAUGUGUGUGGCUGUUUGAAUGGAAAAUAUUAAAGAAAACAGCAAGCUUAAAUAUCUA